UCCAGAGCUACACGCUACUGUCUGCUCUCAGUAACUUGCACGAUUCUCCUGCAGCCCAAGAAAGUUCCUUCAGCAAGAUUUCAGGGCAGCUGCAGGAAUUUUACAAAGCAGCGAUCCCUGAGACUGACAGGACGGGAGGUUGCUCUUCUUCUGCACUAGGAUUGUGCCAGGCUCAGCCAAAAAGAAAGAGCUGAGCAAGCAAGAAGAGGCAGGGGAGAAGCACAUUGGCACCGAUUCCUUCAGAGCUGAAGAUAAAAGUUCUCUGCACUGGAGGACUCCUUGGGUGUGCAGCUGAGGCACACUCAGGGUGCAGAACUGGAGUAAAGCGACCUGAGAAGUAUGGCAGCAGAGCUGACCAUUGCAGCCGAGUUACCAACCAGUCCACUUGCCAUGGAGUACGUCAAUGACUUUGAUUUGAUGAAGUUUGAUGUCAAGAAAGAACCACUGAACAACCGUGCAGAUCGAACAAUCCGUCAGUGCAAUCGUUUGCAGCCUACAGGCUCUGUGUCUUCCACCCCUAUGAGCACUCCUUGCAGUUCAGUGCCCUCCUCUCCAAGCUUCAGUCCAACGGAGCAGAAGACACACCUGGAGGAGCUCUACUGGAUGCCCAACAGUUACCAGCAGGUCAACCCAGAGGCUCUGAACCUCACCCCAGAAGACGCUGUAGAAGCUCUCAUAGGACCCCCUCAAAUACCUCCUCAGCUGCAAGGGUUUGAGAGCUUCAGAGGUCAUCACCACCCCCACCAUCAUCACAACCACCACCACCAGAAUCACCACCAGUACCAAGGCGUCCCCCACGAGGAACUGGCACAUCCCCACCAGCACCCACACCAUCAUCACCACCACCACCACCAUCUCCAAGCUUCUCCUACCCCAUCCAACUCUUCCACCUCUUCCCAGCAGCUCCAAAACAGCCACCCUCAGCACCAGUCAUCUAGCCAGAUAGAAGACAGAUUCUCUGAUGACCAGUUGGUCUCCAUGUCUGUCCGGGAGCUCAACAGGCAUCUGAGGGGCUUUACUAAGGAUGAUGUUAUUCGCCUAAAACAGAAGAGGAGAACCCUGAAAAACCGGGGGUACGCCCAGUCCUGCAGGUAUAAAAGGGUGCAACAGAAACACCACCUGGAGAGUGAAAAGACCCAGCUCAUCCAGCAAGUGGAGCAGCUGAAACAAGAGGUCAACCGUCUGGUCAGAGAAAGAGAUGCCUACAAGAUGAAGUGCGAGAAACUGACCAACACAAGCUUCAGGGAAGCCGGGUCUACAAGCGACAACCCAUCUUCUCCAGAGUUUUUUAUGUGAGUGUCAUCUCAACCCAGAACUGUGUAGCGGGAGGAGAAGGGGGGCUUCAUGAACUCUCUAACUGAAUACCAACUUUUUGUAGACUUAGUCUGGUGGGGGGUUGGGGGGGAUCAAGGGUGCACAAGAGAACUUGAGACUGUUCUGAUGGAUGUUUUGUUGGGGGGCACCAGCUUGAUUGGGUGGGGUAUGGGGAAAGGUGGGAAAGGACUUAUCUGAAAUGCCACAGGACUGUGUUGGACAAUAGCACUGCCACUUGGGAACAAGGACAAAAGUACUCAAAAACUUUACCUACAGAUAUUUUUCUUCAGCUUUGAGUGAUAGAACCUUAAGACAACUGAAUCUGAUCAGGUGGGACAUUCAGUGCACCCCUAACCCCCAUGGUUUUAUUGCCUGCUUGAUUAUCUAGAAAAUAUAAAAUAAAAAAAAACCUGCAUUAAAAUUAUUAUUCCUGCAUGCUGGACAUGUAUGGUAAUACUUUCUAUUUUGUAUCAUUACCUUGUUUAAUCUGAGCAUGCUUUCUCUGAGCAUCUGAGCAACUUUCAUUGCUUCUAUUGCUAUAUAGACUGUGUACUAUGUCUCCAUUCCCCCCCCCAAUCUUUUUAGUUGCUUUAACCUGUAAAUAUGAAGCAGUUUUCACCUACCUACAACAUUUCACCCUUUUAGUCUAGGUAUAUGUGAGGGCAUUUUCUUUCAUUGUGUGAAGAGAAGAAGUCUGGUUAUAAAGUGCCACAAUGGUGCAUUGGCCCUUUGGUUUAGUUGCUAUAUUGUUAAUAUUCUCUAUAAUUUUUUUUUUUUAGGAAUAGCUAGAUGAGAACUCAGUGUCCAGUUCAUAGUAUAUGUAGUUGUGACAGCUAAGCAACGAUAUAGAAAUAUGUUUUUUUUUAAAUAUUAUUAUUAUAUAUAUACAGAUGUAGCAGAGCUGGAUUUGUAUGGUGUCUACUUAGAGUCCUACAACAUAUCCAGAUAAAGUUUUACUAUCACAGUGAGUUGUCCUAGAUGUCCAAUUCAGCUCUGCAGCACCUGUAUACCUAUAUAUGUCACCUGCUGUGUCCUACAGUUCGGUUUCCCUAUGGAGGAAGGGGAGUCAUUAUUUUUUUUUUCUUCGUCUUCCAGGAAUAGACUAUGAACUCUAUUAUUCCCCCUUAACAUAAGACACUGGCAUGUGAGUUUCAUUUUGGCUGACACCAGCAUUGUGCAAAACUGUAAUAACCUAUUCUCUGAGGACAAAAGCAGGGGCUACAUUGUGACAGCUUAAAUGGCGACUUAUAUAGAUACUAAAUGCUUCCUAUCAACCCCUUAUGUUCUCCGGUUUAUUUGCUGCUACACAGGUAGCAAAUCAAUUGACUUCUUUCUUCUCUCCUUCCUGCUCAGUUUAUUUAUGAAUAUAUAUAUAUAUAUGUAGCAGCUCUUUGCAGCCGGUUGCUGUGCGGUUUCAUUUAUUUUCUGCAGGUCAGUAAAAAGUUAAGUGAUACCUUCGGGUCACAGCCAACCAAAUUUAAAAAAAAGUUUUAAAAAGUGACAUUUUUAUAUAUAUAUAUAUUUUUUCUUUUCUUUUGUUCCUUUCGAAUGUUCGCACUGCUGGCGCAGAUGCAUUUUACGAUUUUUUUGUUUUUUUUUGUUUUUGUUUCGUCUAUCUAUAAGUUAAUGUUAGGAAACUCUGUGGACAGCACGAUGCUUACGUUCUUACAAUAUUAAGGAUUUUCUGUCAAUGCAUCAGUCAUGGGGGAUGGGGGAGGGGGGCUAUUACUUUUAUUUCCUGAUUCAACUGUGUUGAAAUCAUGCCUCCAGCAAAUGUGCUGUGUUGUUUAUUUUAGUUUUUUUAAUGUCAUGUCAAUUUUGAAGGGAUACAUUUCAAACCCUGCUUCUGAUAAAAGAUAAACCUGGUCUAUUGUAGUUUUAUUCAGACUGGUUUCUGUUUUUUUUUUUUGUUUUUUGUUAUUGAAAUUGUUUCCUAUUUUGCUUAUUAAAAUCAUUGAAAUGGC